UGUUAUGGCAAAGAGAAGAAAAAUGUUACUAUUAGUGCUUUCAUUUCUUCCCCAGUUACUUGAUUUUGGACAUUGCUUCUUUUUAUAGUUGUUAAAUAACUUUUUUUUAAAGUUUAAAUAACCUGUUGAUCCAAAGAUUGAUUAAUGAGAUUUUAUUUACUCUAAAUACAGAUUAAGAGUUCAGAUAAAAUAGAGCUGCCACAUAGGAGACCAUCAUUUGGUUUUCCACAGUCAUAUCAGAAUGAACCAGAGGAGAAUGUCACCAUAGGAUCAUUAUCAAGAAUGUUAUCUGAAUUUCAACAUAGUGUAGAAAGUGAAGUGGAUCCUUUUGUCUCUCUAACUAAACCUUCUUCAUCUGUACAAGUAAAAGAUAAUAAUUCACCUCCAGAAACCAUUACAAUAAAGGAGAUUUUUAAAGCACCAUGUCUACAAUCUCUAAGAAAUCUAGAAUCAUUAGUCAAUAGCUUUAAUAGGGAGAGGCAUGAAGAAAUAGAUGACUACUUAUACUCUCUUUCUGACUACUCUAUGAAGAAAGUGUCAAGAAGCUGUCAGGCACUUGAGAAGACUAGUUUCACACAGAAAAGCAGUUCAUCUUUACAGGCCUUAUCAACAGCUUCAGACUUAAUCCAGAAGUUAUCACUUAGGCAGAAAUCUGCAAUAUUUUGUGAACAAAUUCGUGAUAAUAGAGCUGACAUGGAUGAAUCACAAGUAGCAACAUCAGAAGAUGAACAGGUUCAUAACCAGAUAAAAUAUGCUGAUACCAGUUUGAAAGAAGAUCUAAGAAAGAGUGAAGUGCCUUUACAGACAGAGAUUUUGAAAAGUAAACUUGAUGUUAAUCUUCUGGACCAUGUGCCUAUUACUACACAAUCAAAAUCAUCUCAGGUAGAUCCACUUGAAAAUCUUAUAGAACAGCUACGGAGAGAACUAGUAUUUCUUAGAUCUCAGAAUGAAGUCAUAGCACAGGAUUUAUUGGUCAAGGAAGCACAGAAUAGAAGUGCAGAAAUAGAGCUUGAACGUCAUAGAACCCAGGCAGAACAGGUAGUAUAAAGGCAGACUAUUAAAAGAGAUGAUUGUGGUACUAAAGACAAAAACUUUCAUUAUAUUUCUUUGCCUUUUGCUGUGGGAGUGGGUAAAGAGAGAAAGUGGGAGCAAGACCACCAGCUGUUCUACCUUUUGGGUUUUAUUGUUAUUACUACUGUAAUAGCUUAUCUCUGGUGUAUUACACCUCAAUUAGUCAAAAUUUUUUAACUUGAAAACUAUAGUGAUAUUUUGUUUAAAAAAUCAAUUUUAU